AUGGGUAAAGUCGAUGUGGAUAUCUCAUUGACAGAGGACGCAGUUGAGGGUCAGCUCAUGGUGGCGUACUGCUCCGUGUCUCCCUCCUGUCCCACCUCCAUUCCUGUCUUCAGAUGGAGUCACUCUGGAGAGGAACAUUUUCAUUCUCUGCAGUUUGACGACGACCAGUGGAAAGCGACAGCUACUCUGACCUUUCGCCCGACCAACGCUGACCACAACAAGUCUUUACGGUGCACCGCACGAUACAGCGGAGGGCAGCAGCGGGAAACAUCCAAGCUCCUCAAAGUUAAACACGCCCCAGUGAAUGUGAGGGUUGAGUACAAGUCUGUUGUGAAGGAGGGAGAAGCCGUGCGGCUGACAUGCACCAGCGAUGCUCACCCUCCUGCCAGCAGAUAUGAGUGGUUCAGUGAAACUGGUGCUCAGCUGCAUCGGGGAAACCUCUACACGAUGCCAAACGUCUCCAGACACAUGGGUGCAUUGUACUGUACCGCCAUCAAUACAGUCGGACGAGGCAAAUCAAGCCCUGUGCGUCUCACUGUGUUGUAUGCCCCUGAGAUUAAGAGCGUCUCCUCCUGUUCCUCAGAGGGAAAAAUGGUAAAGUGUGUGUGCAUUGCUAACUCCCAACCUCCCUGCAUGGUCCAUUUUGUGCUUUCUGAAAGAGUCCUACCAGGCACCAAGAUAGAGAGACACGGCCCUGUCACCAUUGGAACUCUGGAGGCCGAGUUUGAAUCCUCUGAGUUUGUCCUUUGUCUGGCAAACAACACGGUGGGCAACGCCAACCUCGUACUCUCCCUACCUGUGAACGGUGAGAUGCAGAAUCUCUAUAUCGCCAUUGCCAUCGGGGCAGGCGCGCUUCUGGUGAUACUUUUAAUGGCUGUGGGACUUGUUAAAAAAUGUAGGGGAACAUCUGGAGAAACACCAACACCUCACAUCAGCGCUUUGAGGGAAAACAAAGAAGAGCUCUCUGAAUGUGCUACAGUAAAAGGAAAAGACAUGGACUACGAUGUGGUGCCAAGACCUAAUCAUCAUGUCGACGAUCAUGUGUAUGACAACGUGGAGGCAUGCUGCGGUAGCGGCCGCUGCUCGGCCUUUGUGCGUCAGCAGCUCCCGAUCCGGAACCACGUUCGAACCCCGCACAUGCGACCAGUCGUCGUCAAAGUGUACGACGGGUGCAGCCAUGUCCCGGAUCAGCCUAACAGCUCCGGGGGAAAGAUGAGCGAGCGGCCGGUCUGA